AUGCACACAAUCAUCAUUGAUGAGACAGCUCAGCCAGUUGUACAUGCCUGCCGCAAAGUACCAUUCGCACUCCAUAAUGGUCUAAAGAGAGAACUUGAACGUAUGGAGAGUCUUGGCGUCAUCACCAGAGUGGAUGAGCCUACCGACUGGGUAAAUUCCCUAGUCGUUGUCAAGAAAAAGAAUGGAGACAUUCGUGUGUGCAUGGAUCCGAGAGAUCUCAAUCGUGCCAUUAAAAGAGAGCACUACAAAAUGCCCACACGAGAAGAAGUCAUGUCACAGUUCGCUGGUGCAUCAUACUACUCCAAACUCGAUGCAUCACAAGGAUUUUGGCAGCUUCAACUAGACGACAAAAGCAGUCGCUUGUGUACAUUCAACACGCCGUUCGGUAGGUUCAGAUAUACGAGACUACCGUUCGGCAUAUCAUCAGCACCAGAGGUCUACCAUAAACUGUUCACCAAAUCUUCGAGUCAAUCGAUGGUGUCAGUACCUUCGCUGACGACAUCAUCAUCUAUGGAGCAACCAAAGAGGCCCAUGAUCGCAGCCUACGACUGA